CUCUCGAUCCGCACCCAGGAGCGCGACCUGUACAACGAGUUCUCGCGCUCGGGCCAGUGCGAGAAGGCCGUCAUCGUCGUCGACCAGCGCACCGGUCGCUCGCGCGGCUUUGGCUUCGUCACCAUGGCCUCGGUCGACGACGCUCAGCGCGGCAUCGACGACAUGAACGGCGUCGACCUGCACGGCCGCCGCAUCCGCGUCGACUUUUCCGCCACCAAGCGCCCGCACGAGCCUACCCCCGGCGAGUACCGCGGCCCGAGGCGCGACGACGACCUGUACCGCGGCCCGCCCAUGGGCGGCGACCGCUGGGCCGGCGCCGGUGGCCCUCCUCCUCCUCGCGGCGGGCCCUACGGUGGCGGCGGCUACGGCGGCGGCGGCGGCUACGGUGGCGGGUACGGCGGCGGCGUAGGAGGGUACGGCGGCGGAGGGUACGGCGGCGGCGGAGGGUACGGCGGCGGCGGG